ACUUUCUUUGAUUCGCAGCGAAUGGUAAACAGCUGACUAGCUGCUGUUACGCGACUAGAGAAAAAGAAGAGUAGUUACGAUUUUUUAUGGAAUUCUAAGUUUAUUUUGGGUUUUCCUAACUUAAGUGAAAGAAAUGCUAAGAUCAUUUGUAACAAGCGCGUUGCGUAGCGUUUGCCGCCAACCGCCGGCUGCAUCAUCACUGGUUCCUUUGGUCCAGCGGAUACAGCGUGCGAGCUUAGUGACAUUAGCUCGUCCCAGCUUGCUGCCCACUUCCUCGCUAACAUCCCCCGCACCGCUCCAGUUUUUUCAGCUACCUGGAGGUCUUUCCGCCACAGGAUCAGCACCAAGCACACGCACCGUAACCAAGUUUUCUCUGAUCAAGGGAAAACGAAAGACUGUUAAGGCAGUACUAAAACGAUUUAAGCGUCUGGAAUGGGGCGCCUGGAUACGCACCCAUUCCGGUCGCCAGAAGAAGCUUUUCAAAAAAUCAUCAGCUCUGCGCCGUCGCCUCAAGCAGCACGUCUUUACCAACGCAACGCAGAGUUGGCUUCUGGACAAGAUGGUCACCAACUUCUGGCGCCGUCCUAAGCACUAUAUCAACGACCCCUAUAGGCCCUAUCACAGCCGCAACGAGUACUAUGCCACACAGUCGAAGAUCUUUAAAGUCUAACCUUGUUUUAGUUAAAUAAAAAUUUUUCAAUGUUGAAAUAAUAAGCGGUUUGGUUUCUCGAUA